CUCGGGAGAGGGGCUGGCAGCGUGGACGGUAUUGGCUCCGUUUUACAGGAUAUGAACUUCUGCCCCAGCUGAGUGGCCAAAAAAGACGCCGUUCCUGGCCAGGCCAAACCCUUCUGGCCCUUUCCACACUGCUUCCGCUUCGCUUUUAUGAAGAGGCCUGGAGGCAUCAUCUUUCAAUCCAUUCUGACUCACGUUAGCCAGUCAGCACCAAGGUCCUGCCAGUCUAGCAUGAGGAGAGCCACCUGCUCCCUGCAGAACCUCGUGGAAUUUACUAGAAGUCCACCACCUAUUUCCCACCCGUUGGCCAAGUCAUAGGCCAUACCUGUUUUCCUCUAGAUUCCUCGUCCCCUGGGUUGUUCCUUACUUGCUUUAUAAGAAAUCCUACUCCACGAAAGGACUAUGGCACAUUUCCAGAGUAACUACAGGCUCACGACACAGUGUUUGAGGAGGUGCUGAGGCCUUACCUCGCAACAGCACUACAGGGUCAACAAAUAGCUGUAACAGUGACACAUUUCCUGAUUUUUGAGGCCCCUGAACUUCAAAAGAGAGUUUAAAGAAGAAAACAGAAACUCAGGAUGGCCCGCACUAUGGAACCACUGGCAAGGAAGAUCUUUAAAGGAGUUUUGGUAGCAGAACUUUUUGGUGUUUUUGGAGCAUAUUUUUUGUUUAAUAAGAUGAACACAAGCCAAGAUUUCAGGCAAACAAUGAGCAAAAAAUUUCCCUUCAUCUUGGAAGUUUACUACAAAUCCAUUGAGCAGUCAGGAAUGUAUGGACUCAGAGAGCAAGAUCAAGAAAAAUGGCUGAACAGCAAAAAUUAGGAAUUUCCCACUGUUCAAGGCUUACCUUAUUUCACAGUGUCAAGAUUAAAAUCCCAAAGUUGACCUGCAGAUUUGGAAUAUUUUAAGGCAAAUUCCAAUUAAGUCUAAUUCUUUGGGCUAACUGUACAAAUUGAUUGAAGGUAUGUUUGUUUUGCUGCUAAUGAAUUUAUGUUUUUAUUACUCAAAGUGUUUCAUCUUAAAAACUUAUUUGUAAUUCUGAAUAAACUUCUUGAAAUAGACAAAAUCGAUGAUUAUUUUAAAA